AUGUUAGAAAAGUGUCUAAGUCAGAUGAUAACCUUAAUAUUUUCAGACUUGCAACAAUCUUCCCCUUCAACAACUAAAAGGCCUUCAUUAAUCAAAAAAUUGAGACCCCAAAAUUCCAUGUUAAUCCGCUUAGAAAAAUUGGGAACAGACGAGGUUGGAUUGCUAGUAGAUGGAAGGCCUAAAGGAACUUGGAAAUUGCCUUCUCUAAAAUACCCUGAACAGUCUUCCGGAAUUUUUCUUCUACUUGGAGGAUUGUUACCACAACAGAGAAGCAAAGAAUACAAAAAUAGUGUCCAAUUGGAUGAGGUUUUGCCCUUCUAUGGGUGUUUGAGUGAAUUAAGUGUGAAUGGAAAUUUGUUGGAAUUGAAGGAUUUGAUUAAUAAAAAGGACUCGAUUGCCGUUAAUUUGAAUAAGUGCCAGGCGAAAACUGAGGAGGGAAAAGUUGAAGAGAAGGAGGAAGAAGAGAGGGAGGAAAAGGAAGAGGGGAGGGAAGAGAAGGAAGAUGAGGAAGACUAUGCAACAUCGACAACCUCAACACCUUCCACUACACCUACAUAUAUUCCUGUGGUGACUGACGUUACAGAAGACCCGUUGCUUGAAGUUAAAGAUGUUGGCUAUAGGGAACAGGAGGUUAAAAGUGCAGAAGAUAAAUAUGAACCAGAAUUUGUUGAAGCUUCUGUAGAACCGUCACAUCCUGGUAUUAUGCCUGAUACUCUCUCGCCAGAUCCACUUCCUACCGUUAUUAAAAAGACUCAAACGCCUGAGGCGAUUUACAGUACUAUUCAAAUGGAUGAGGAAUCUACCUUAUCGCCUUUGUUAGAAGAGAGUGAAGAGGAUGAGGACGAGUUGACUACUUUAAUGCCAGCUCCAUCAGUCAUAUUGUUACCUUCAAAUAUCGAAAUGUCAAAAGACAAAACGUCUACUGACAAAACGUCCGUGGACAAAACGUCCGAAGACAGAACGUCCAGUGACAAAACGUCAACUGACAAAUCGUCAAGGGACGAAAUGUCCGGUGUCGAAAGGUCCAAAUACACAAUGCCACACAUAGAAACCUCAACAGACCAAAUGCCAGCUACCAUUAUCUACACUACAGAAGGAAAGCCCCUAGUAACAGUAGAUCAUCAAAAACAAACCCUAGAAGGAUUGGAGCAAAAAAUAUUCCGAGGUUUAUGUGACCAAAAAACUUGUGGAAUACAUGGAAGUUGUGAAGAAAUAAAUUCAACACAUGUAACGUGCCAUUGCCGUGAUUUUUGGGCUGGGCAAGAAUGUGAAGAGUUCCAACCAUUGGAAUAUGCAGCGGGUUUUGAUGGCUCUGCAUUUGUCGUAAGUCGUUAUUAA